AUGAGCAAUACAGUUGAUAUGGCAUCGAUGCGUUCUCAUGAGCAUUCAUUUCAUCCAUCGGAUGAAAUAAUUGGUUUUGACAAAGCAUCACGACUAUUAAUAGCUGGCUGUAGUUGUUUAUUAAUUGUCUUGAUAUUUGGUAUUAUCCUCUGUCGUUUAGAUAUGUCGGCUGGCAGAAAACGACGAGCACAUAGUUUUCAUCAAGUUGAAAGUUAA